AUAACAUCUUCGCAUCUUUCCAGCUCCACUUAAUAAAACCAGUUCUAGUUUCUACACGGGUAGUGAUGUGAUUUUGGUUGCAGAGAAAGCAGCUUUUACAGAACUUUCAUCCAUUUAAUUUGAUAUCAAAUCUGUGAUUUAUUCUGGCGGUCAAUGCGUGGAAGCUAUAAAUAGGACCUAGUACAUCUGUUUUGCUCGUCUUCAUCAGACUUUCGAGACACACGGAGUUGGGCGCGCGUGUGCAUGGUUACAGGUAUAGGCGGGAGCCAAAAACGAAUUUAUCCGGGAACCACGGCACUUGUAUACGGGUGGACAGUAUCUACAAUCGGUGUUUUGGAUUCCCAGGGUUUUAAAUAUUGUCAAACUCGUCCUUAUCAUCUUUACACCCACUUCGGAUGUAUUCCCACAUCCCUGUUGUGUAAUUUAGUUGAUGCCCAGCGCUUUUGUGCGCAACUUUACAUCUGGGUUGUCAGAAGAAAAUCACAAGGAGAUCCCUCGCACUAGUCAGGUUGCCUUGUUGUCAACCCGCCUUAUUGUUUUGCUGCGACAAAAGCGACAGUUUCCUUGAAGGUUUGGAUUUCAGCAAUGAGAGAGCGAUGGGAUUUAUCGCAUUAUCUAGCGGUGUUCUUCUCGUUGAUGGUACUGUGGCAGUCAAGAUCAAUAGUGGAAUCGUCUGCAUAUGCUUCAGAGGCCUUCAAAAACAACAUCACUCUGUUCACCCGGAUCUUGGACCGCCUUCUGGAUGGCUAUGACAACCGAUUACGACCUGGACUUGGAGAUCGGGUGACGGAGGUGAAGACGGAUAUUUAUGUCACAAGUUUCGGUCCAGUGUCAGACACAGACAUGGAGUACACUGUGGACGUGUUCUUCCGUCAGAGCUGGAUUGACGAGCGGCUGAAGUUCAACGGGCCCAUGAACAUCCUGCGGCUGAACAAUCUGAUGGCCAGUAAGAUCUGGACGCCCGACACCUUUUUCCACAACGGGAAGAAAUCUGUGGCUCACAACAUGACCAUGCCCAACAAACUGCUCCGGAUCAUGGAGGAUGGAACACUGCUGUACACCAUGAGGUUAACGGUCCAGGCAGAAUGUCCCAUGCACCUCGAAGAUUUCCCCAUGGAUUCCCACUCCUGUCCACUGAAGUUUGGCAGCUAUGCCUACACAAUGGCCGAGGUGACGUACAUUUGGACCCGAAACGCAUCAGCGUCAGUGGAGGUAGCACCAGAUGGAUCCAGACUGAACCAGUAUCGCCUUCAGGGACAAACUGUGGGGACAGAGACCAUUAAAUCAAGCACUGGUGAAUACACUGUCAUGACGGCCCACUUCCACCUGAAGAGGAAGAUUGGCUACUUUGUGAUCCAGACCUACCUGCCCUGCAUCAUGACCGUCAUCCUCUCCCAGGUCUCCUUCUGGCUCAACCGAGAGUCUGUACCCGCCAGAACUGUCUUUGGUGUGACCACUGUGCUCACUAUGACGACUCUCAGUAUCAGUGCCCGUAACUCUCUGCCGAAGGUGGCCUACGCCACGGCCAUGGAUUGGUUCAUUGCCGUGUGCUACGCCUUCGUGUUCUCUGCCCUCAUCGAGUUUGCUACCGUCAACUACUUCACCAAAAGAGGCUGGGCCUGGGAUGGCAAAAGUGUGGUGAACGUCAAGAAGAAGGAGGCGUCCGCCAUGAAGAAGAACAACGCCUAUGCCGUUGCUGUGGCAAACUAUGCCCCAAACGUCACCAAGGACCAAAGUGGUCUGCCCACCAUCUCCAAGAGCACCACCUCUGACCCCAACAAGGCCAAGCCAGAGGUCAAGCCAGAGCAGAACAAGAAGACCUUCAACAGCGUCAGCAAAAUCGACCGUAUGUCCCGGAUUAUGUUCCCCGUGCUCUUCGGUGGUUUCAACCUGGUCUACUGGGCCACCUACCUGAACAGAGAACCAGUCAUAAAGGACAUGGUCCCGUCCAAAUGAGUACAAAAUAUUUAUUUUGCAAAGAGACAGGACUCACUUUAUGCUGCCGGCCCAUGACUGAGGAUCUGUGUGUGAGUUAGGCUACAUGGAGCUGUGGCAUGCACUGGAGUCAGUAUGAUUGCUUUCUAUUGCAGGUGCAUUCAUUACAAGGAGAUAGGCGGGUAAAUUUUAACAAUUUUCUAGUUAAAUUGUCAUUUCUACUUGUAAAAGAGGUUAACAUUAACUUUAAAGUGGUGUAAGGAUUUUAUAUUUAUAUAAAGAAAGAAACCUCUGAUGCUUUAUCUAACUUCUAUUUGAGGUUCUGAUUAAUGAACCUUAAAGAAAACAACUGCCAUGAUUCAAUCAACACGAGAACUAGUGACCAAAUCCUUAUUAUAACCCUUUAUUGAAGACUCCUGUAUUAGAAAGCACGGACACCAAUUUCCUGUUUUUGUUCCAUUAUUAACCCUCACCAUGCCCAUCAUAUCUUACAUACUGUACAUGUUCACGUUUGAGCUUUUCUUUAUGUUUAUUGUCUCAAUUCACACAUUGGAAGGAAAUGUUGCACCAUUUUAUCAUCACACAGUGAACACAGGUACAUACAAGUGAGUGUUGAUCCUGCAGGUCCCUACAGUACACCGCUAGACUCACCAUGAGUUCAGGGAUGGAUGAAGGCUCACUGUUCUUAUCGUAGCUUUUGUAAUGACUCACAGGCUCUAAGACACUGACAGAGGGCAGUGAAUGGACACAAAGUGUAAGUGAAACUUGCAGGAAUGUACUGUGUGUCAAUAUGUAAUAUCAUAUGUAAUAUUGAUCUUUUGUAUUUACAGAUGAAUUUAAUGACUUUAUCCAGUACUUGAUUUCCUGUUGUUUCCAAUUUCAUGAGCAAUGUAGCCUUCUUCUCUGAUGUAGAUCAAAGGACCCAAAUACAUCAUGUUAAAUGCUUUACAUUUGGUGAUAUCAAGUCCAUCAAGUAACACUUUAUUUAGUAUUGCAUAGUUUGUUAACAAUUAAGUGAAUUAAGUUUUUUUUUGUGUAUAUUUUGUGUGAUUGAGGGCAUCAAGGUUGUCUCUAUUGAUCACUCUUUUAACUCCAUCAUAUGAUCACAUUUCUGUUUUAGCCAUGGGUGAGGGCACUAUACCAUGGAAUUUCUGUUGUAAGUAAAUAUGUAGUUUAGUGGAAAUUGUUACUGAAAUUGUUACUGUGUUGUACACAAUUUGGUAUAUUUAAAGAUGUGGCACAAAAUAGAAAAGAAAAAAAUACAUGUUUAUUGUCACACACUGGCUAGGUGCAGUGAAAUGUGUUGCUUUACAUGGUUACCCAUAAUCCCCUUGAACUGAACAGGUGUUUCAUGCGGUGUCCCGUGAGUUACCAUUACCAUAUUAAUGGCAUUUCAGUUUGACAUGGCAGCGAUAACAAAACAAAUCCAAUGAAAAAUACCAAUCAUGAGCUGUAACAACUAGAUACCCUAUGUUGUUGUCUUAUGUGUUUAUUUAUAUGGUGU